CACAAGAAAAGAGAUCAAAGAUGGAGAAGAUAGAGCACACAACAGUUGCCACAAAUGGCAUAAAUAUGCACAUAGCUUCAAUAGGUACAGGCCCAGUGAUCCUCUUCCUUCACGGCUUCCCUGAGCUCUGGUACUCAUGGCGCAACCAGCUUCUCUCCCUCUCCUCCCUUGGCUACCGUUGCAUAGCCCCUGACCUCCGUGGACAUGGCGACACCGACGCCCCGCCCUCCUCCGCCACCUACUCCGGGAUCCACAUCGCCGGUGACCUUGUUGGCCUGCUUGACCAUCUGGGUAUCGACCAGGUCUUCUUGGUCGGCCAUGACUGGGGAGCUAUGAUGGCCUGGUACUUUUGCUGGUUCAGGCCAGAUCGUGUCAAGGCUUUGGUCACCUUGAGCGUGCCAUUUUUUCCCAGGAACCCAACCAUCAAGUUUGUGGAUGGCUUGAGAGCUUCAUUAGGCGAUGAUUAUUAUUUUUGCUGGUUUCAGGAACCUGGAGUAGCUGAAGAAGAUUUUGCUCGCAUGGAUACUGCAAUUCUAAUGAAGAAGUUGUUUUCAGUAUUUGAUGAUCUUCUAUUUAUACCCAAAGACAUAGGAUUUUCAGGAUUGCAAAUUUCAGAUACCUUGCCCUCAUGGUUGACAGAAGAAGAUAUUAAUUAUUACGCUAAAAAAUUCGACCAGAAAGGCUUUACUGGAGGAUUGAACUACUAUAGAGCUGCUGACCUAACCUGGGAGCUCACAGCACCAUGGACUGGAUUACAAGUCAAAGUACCAUCAAAGUUCAUUGUGGGUGACCAAGACAUCGUCUAUAAGAUGCCAGGUGUUAAGGAAUAUGUACAAAACGGUGGCUUCAAGAAAGAUGUGCCAAAUUUGCAAGAUGUAGUUGUGAUGGAAGGAGUGGCUCACUUUAUCAACCAAGAAAAGCCAGAGGAGAUCAGCACACACAUAUAUGACUUUAUCAAGAAGUUUUAAUUGCCAUUGCCUGCAUUGGCAAUGCUAAAUUCCUGUAUGUUUGAUCUGCAAUUGAUAUUUACCUACC